AUGGUCGGGUUCGUGGUGAUACUGGCAGGCGGAAUUGGAGGCGGUCUUGCUGGAGGGCUGGCGGCGAGUCAUCAACCAAGGUAUGCAAACUCCGGCUGGCAAAGCAUCACAUCGCAAUCAGAACCAACAACCACGAUACCCCCCGAAAGCACAAGUGAAACUAUGGCAACGGUAACAUCGAGUGGUGUAAUCCCAUCUAGUACAGUUCCCAGCAAUCUCAGGGUCGGUACUGUGGCUACAGACGGCGGCUGCCCAGAGCUUAACGGAACGAUAUAUACACCUCGCGAGGGUAACGGGAAGCCCUAUUCGAACGCAAUUUUAUGA